UUACCACAUUAACUUUAGCUCCACUACACAAUAGAGUUUUAGUUUCUUUUAUUUUGAAAGUUUACAACGGAGGUCUUUUCUAAACUCACCGUUCUUGAUACUGGUGAUACCCCAGUACCAACAGCAGCAAUCUAAAGUUUUGUUUUAUUCAUCUCCCGACGAUGCAGUCCGAUACGUUGUUGCAUGUGGCUAAUUUCAGCACACUGUUUGUGUGCAUGGUGCUGAAAUUCCCGCAGAUUUUUGUACUGAUGCGAGCAAAAUCAACGACUGGAGUCAGCCUCAACAGUCUUCUUCUCGAGUUGACGGGGUUCAUUGUUUUUGUCACGUACCAAAUGUACUAUGACUACCCACCGCCAACGUACCUGGAAUAUCCAAUUCUCAUUGCGCAAGAUGUCAUUCUUCUGCUCCUGAUUCUUCAUUACAACGGCCACCUGUGGCAGAGCCUCAUCUACGCCUUGGUCUUUGUCGGAGGCUGGAGGCUCCUCACCGUGGAGAAAUGGAUCAUAGAUUUGGCGAUGAGCCUGUGCACGUUCAUCAGUGCAGCCAGUAAAUUUGCCCAACUGCAGUGCCUGUGGAGGUCUAAGGAUGCUGGACAGGUUAGCAGCCUUUCCUGGGCGAUGGCUACCUACACCUGUAUGGCGCGCAUUUAUACCACCACAGUGACGACUGGAGACACACAGGUUCUUGUGCGCUUCGUCACCAUGACUUUGCUGAACAUGUGGGUGCUGCUCACUGUGCUCCACUACCAGAGACACAGCAGCAGGUCCAAGAAAGAAGACUAAGUGUUACCAGCUGGAUCCGUGAGCUGACUGGCUGUAAACCUGCAGUUAAUUCCCAUGUCUUCCAGCUCUGUUCACCAGAAACAUUGCUGGGUUAACACAGCUAAGACUCAAAAACAAAAGUGUCAGGUAACAAUAAUUAACUUUUGUAAUACUGACUCUUUUUUUUUUUUUUUUUAAUCGUUUUUACCUCUGUAUCAAUUCCACACACGUUUUAUAACAUUCCUAAAAAUCUGCUACAACAUGCUGUGAGAGCAGAGACCGAUGCUUUUUCAUACUGAGUGUGGGGGGGAGAAAAGUGUUAUUAAAAGACAGCACAAGCCAGGCAAAUCUUCCUACUCAGGAUAAGAAAUUCUGUAUUUUAAAAAGCUUUUGUAAGGACGAUGUUAUUUUUCCUGAAUUAUUUUUUAAAUAAAACAUUACUGCCUCUUA